AUGUCGCGCCAUCAACAAACGGACGAGGACAAGGUGAGGUUUGGUAUAUUUGGGUUUGUAUUAUUAAAUUUAAUUUUUUUUGAAUUUUAAAAUUUUAGGUUUUGGGAAGGGGGGGGGGGGUGGUUUAAAUUUUAAGAUUUAAAGUAAAAACUUUGAAAUUACAAGUUUUUUAUUUUGGAACUGCCUAUCAGGUUUGCUUAUUAUUUUUAGGUUUAAGAUUAUUCAGGGUGUAAUAAGCGUAGGCUGAGUAGGCUUAGAAACUUAGCGUUAGUGAGUUUAGUAGGCUUAGACUUGGUAGGCUUAUUGUUAGGCUUAGUAGGUAUAGCUUUGUGAAGCAUUACGUGGUUUAACUUAUGUAAGCAUAGAUUGUUUAGAGUUUUAUUAGGCUUAGACUUGAUAGACUUAAGCUUAGUAAGUUUAGGCUUAGUAGGCUUAGGCCCAGUAGGCUUAGGCUUAGUAGGCUUAGGCCUAGUAGCCUUUGGCUUAGUUGACUUAAGCUUAGUAGGCUUAGGCUUAGUAGGCUUAGGCUUAGUAGGCUUAGGCUUAGUAGGCUUAGGCUUAGUAGACUUAGGCUUAGUAGGCUUAGGCCUAGUAGGCUUAAACUUAGUAGGCUUAGUUUUAGUAAGCGGAGGCUUAGGCUUUGUAGGCUUAGGCUUAGUAGGCUUAGGCUUAUUCGGUUUAGAAAUAGUAGGCCUAGGCUUGACAAAACUACGUUUAGAACUCUUACGAUUAGUAGGCUUAGGCUUAUUAAAGUUUCACUAGGCAUUAGGAACAGGUAGGGCCUACCAUCGAGCCGGGCCGAGUCUGACCUAUAUUUAUUUUAUGUCGGGCCGGGCUUAAGCAAAAUUUUUUUUUAGACUUACUUUCUAGGCCUGGCACGGCCCGUUCCUCGUGUCUAAAUCUCAUUUUUAACUUGAAAAUUUUUUUUUUGAAAUUUUAUUUUUUUUUCACAUUUCAGGACCACAAGAAGUCGGUAGCCUUUGUAGUGGACUUUAACUCAAGCCCCACCACUUCUUCCCCACCGAUAAAAAUGGCAGAAACCCCAACCCAAAAGAAGAAAACCGUUCCGCCUUUGGCCAAAAAACCUGGAAAAACGCUGAAACCAAAUCCAAUUGAUGAACUGGAUCGAGUGGCCCUGACUGGCAUUGAAGAGGUAAGGCAUUUCUUAUUUUGUGGUUUUAUAUCACUCAUCAGAUAAAUUUGAUAGAAAAAUAGACCUGUAAAAAAACCAGCCGGGUCCAAUUUUUUUCUUUGUUUAACACUUUUUACAAGUCAAAUCUUUCGUUGCGGGACCUAAGCUAGAGAACCGGGUAAGGCCGGGCGGCGACUUUUGGUCUGGGGGCGCGGGUCGAAAAAAUCCACAGGAAAAGAGGGGGAGACCACUUUCAACUUUUUUAAAAAUUUUUUUUUGCGGGAGAAGGGGAAGGGGGGGGUAUUUUCUACCUUCGUGCAGAAAGUAGGGCUGGGGUCUGUUGGAUUUUGUUUGGAUUCUGUGGCUUUCAAUUUAGCCGGCCCUAGAGUCCGCAUUGUCUGGCCGGCUUUUAACACAUUUGUAAAGGCCGGGACUGGCUUAAUCAAACAGAAUUAGGUUUAGUGAGCUUUUUUUAUGUCUAAAAAAUGGCGUUUUUUCCAAUUUUUUUUGAAAAAUUUGUUGAAAAAAGAAAAUUAGUGCCAUUUUUUAUUGUAACUUGUUUCAAAAAUUAGGUAUUAAUUUGAAAAUUUGUGGAUUUAUAGACUAGUACGUUUAUCAGGCUUUAGUAAAAGCAAAUUGUAAAAUACUAAAUAAUUUUGAAGUUACAGUGAUUUUAAGGUACCCCAUUUUUUGAAUUUUUUUGAAAAUUUAAAAAAAAUUGAAAUUCCGAAAAAACUUAUCAACUAUUUAGAAAUCAUAAAAUCUCCAAAAAAUAACGUUUAAUUUUCAGCUUGACUCAGAUUUAUUCGACAACAUCAGCUAUUUGGACUUGAUGACCAAGAAACAUGACCGAGAUGAGAGGAAGCGUCGUGAGCACCUGGAGAACCUUCGAAGACUUCGUGAAGGGUUAGUUUGUAGUUUUGCUUUUAAAAGUUUUUAAAAUUUAAAAAAAAAUGUUUUAAAAUUUUAAAAAAUUAAAAAAAAUUGUUUUUGUGUUAUCAUAAUUAGAGAUUGAAAAAGUCUUGUCGUUUUUUAAUGUGCAAGCCUGUGCAAAAUUGCGACAUAACUUUUUAACGUUCGUUUUUUGAAAAAUUUCGGGCGGGGUAGGUAUUUAAAAAUGAUUUUAAAAUUCAAUAAAAUUUUUAAAUGUGAAUUUUUGAUUUUGUGUUAUCAGAUUGACCACUUAAAAAACCUUGUCGUUUUUUAAAGUGCGAGCCUGUGCAAAAUUACGACAAGACUUUUUGACAUUAGUAUUUUCGAAAAAUUUAGAUUAGGGUAAGCAUAAAACUUUAAAAAAAUCAUUUUGUUAUCUAAAAAUUUUUAUUUUUUUUUAUUUUUAAAAAAUUUAAAAUUUUUAAAAAUUUUGAAAUUUUAUAAUUAAAAUUUCAAAAUCAGUGAGAUUUGAAGUUCCCUUGGCUUUUAUUAGAAAAAGUAAAUAAAACCGGAAAAAACAAAAAAUGACAGUUGAAGCAGAAAAUGGCUAGUUUUAGCCGGAGGCUAACGGUAAUAGUUUACACAACAUUAAAUUCCGGGAUUCAUGUUGUUUUACCCAACUGUUUUCCUUGUUUUGUUGUUUUAUCAAGCAUUGUAUGUUUAUUAUAUUCUGGAGUUUGCAGGGGUGAAUUUAGAGUGUGAAGUUGAGGAAGGGGGAGGGGGGGGUAACAUACUAAAUUUUGGUGGCGCAGGGCGGGGUAUGGUGGGCAUGAGGGCAUGGGGUGGGGGGUAAAUUGGACUAGGGCAGGUAUGACAGGACAGGGUAGAAUAGGAUAAGGUAGGAUAAGGUAGGGUAGGGUAGGGUAGGAUAGGGUAGGGUAAGGUAGUGUAGGGUAGGGUAGGGUAGUGUAGGGUAGGGUAGGGUAGUGUAGGGUAGGGUAGGGUAGGGUGGGGGUAGGGUAGGGUAAGGUAGGGUAGGGUAGGGUAGGGUAGGGUAGGGUAGGGUAGGGUAGGGUAGGAGAGGGUAGACCUUUUCUUUUUUUUAUUUUUUGUUUGGACUAUAUGUACUACAUAGUACGUACUACUAUCACAAUAUAAUACUUGCUUUUUUGCCUUCUUUUAUGGCCAUUGUGUCUGGAGAUUUAUUGUUAUGACCUUAGAAUGACCACUUAUUUCCCUAUUACUUUGUUCUGUCAUCUUUUGGUUUUCUGUCUACCUCAAUAUACCUACUACAACAUAUUAUUCAUAAUAUUUUACUUUACUAUCCAACUAAUUAUGUUUUAUUAUACUAUCUACUAUGCCUAACUAUAACAAUAUCUACUAUUCCGUAUACACAAUUAGCAAUCCUAUUUGACUAUAUGUUGUACACAUCGUAUGUCCCGCUGUGAUUGUCGAAGCUCGCCCUUCGAAACAUACGAACACAAAGCACGGCGGGGCCAUGAGCGAACGUACUAUAGCCACAAAACAUCAGUGUAAACCAGCUGUAUGUUUGCACUUUACAGUACGGCGCCAGGACAUACCGUGUUGUGAAGGUGGCGCAGAAGGGUUACCGGGCUGUAAAGGUGGUGUAGACAGUACACCGUACUGUGGAUGUAACUCAGGUCGAGUUACUGAAGUAGAUGAAGAUUCGAUCGAAGAACAAGGAUUAGGAACGAGUGAUAGUAGUACUGGAGAAGACAGAAUGGUGACAGUACGAAGAGAUGAGAACGGAGAUGCUUGCUGGGAAUGUAAGGCGGGAAUGCUUAUUUUAUAUUGUGAUGUACUGCUUUUGUUUAGUGUGUGUAUAGUGCUGUAUAUAUAACGCUUGUCUAUGUUUUUAAAUAAGUUUUGUAUAUUGUGUUCUACUUUUCAGUUUUAGUACGGUCUUAAGUAUUUUUUAGUACUCUUUUGUACUAUUUUCAGUAUUUUGAGGACAAGUCUAAGUCUAAGUCAAAUUUUAUGUUUAAGUUUAAGCCUAAGUUUUUGCUUAGUUUUAACUUUAAGCUGCAGCUGAAGUUUAAGCCUAAGAUUAUGUAUAAUCCUAAGCUUGAGCUUAACUUAGAGCUUGAGCCUGAGAUUGGGCUUAAGUUUGAGCUUGAGAUUGAGCUUGAGUUUGAGCCUGAGCAUGAGCAUAAGCAUGCGCAUAAGCAUGAGCCUAAGCCUAAGCCUAAGCCCAAGCCCAAGCCCAAGCCCAAACCCAAGCCCAAGCCCAAGCCCAAGCCUAAGCUUAAGCCCAAGCACAAGCCCAAGCCCAAGCCUAAGUUUGAGCUUGAGCCUGAGCCCAAGCCUAAGCUUGAGUUCAAGCCUACGUCUAAGUCUAAGCCAAAGUCUAAGUCUAAGCCUAAACUUAAGCUUAAGCCUAUGCCCCUGCAUAUUUCUCUAUUUCUUAUUAAAGGAUAUGUCUAAACCUAAAAUUGCUUCUAAAUUUAAGCUUGUCAUACUACCGUAAACUUACUUAUUGUAUUUUAUCGUAUUUUACUCGUAAUAACUUCAUCAACCCCUACUCUAAUCUAAUAUCAGAUCCAACUACCUCACGGGUACAGCAUUCACCGCCAUUGUUUCAUAGCGUGCCUUAUCGUUCCACAACUCCUGCUACAGUAAGACGAAAGUCAUCGUUAAAGUCACGCCGUCCUAGCUUCGUAUCUUCAGAUCUACGCGGUACAUCGUCAAGUCUACAUCAUAAUACAGUAAACUCACAUCGCAACAGCAUCACAACUUCCGACAUGACCACAAAAGUGCCGUGGCGAAAACGAAUCCGAGAUUACGGUAGCCAAAACGAAGAUGACAGUGCUUCAGAACAGGAUACAGUAUCCGAUGAGUACGAUAAGUACAACAAAUGGUACUGGGAUUCAGAUUCUAGGCCGAUAUUACGAUCAAAAUCAAAUUCUCGACCACUUUCUAAUUCUACAGUACCCAAUAGGCCAUUUGGCAGAACUACAGUAAACCGUAGGCCAUUAUCACGAUCAACCUCGGCUUCUCGAUGCUACUCGAAGCCAAGCUCAAGAUAUGACAAUUCAGAUGCCUUCUCACGUCUAUUUCCAUCGUCACGACCAAGUUCAAGGCAUUUGUCAUCAUCUAGACCACUAUCAAGGUCAUCUACUACAAUAUCAAGACCAAGCUCAAAGCACGAUGCUGAGAGACAUCUGAAUCUAGGCUUAUCAGCACGACGACAAAAAAGCUUAAAUGGAAAGCCAAGAAGAAGUGUACGAUACCUUGAUGACUAUGCUCUUUACAUACCACCACCAGAUGAUACUGAGACUGAUGAGCCCUAUAUUACUAUUAAGACACCUAGCAGAUUGUAGGUUCAAACUUGAUUUACUGUAGUUUAUACACGCUUUAAACACAUGUUUUACAAAAUAUUGUGUGUAUUUUGUAAGAUAUUAGGCUUAAAAAACUAAUUCUUAAGGGUUUUAGGUUUUGCAGGCUGCGGGAGACAUGUUAUACGAUGAAACAUUUUUUGCUAUGGGCAGUUUUUAUCCUAUAAAAUGUCUUUUUGCAAAAAAAAUUAUUAAGAAUUAAAUAGUUUGGAGCUGUUUUUAGUUUUUUACUUUUGUAGGUAACGGGUGACAAGUUAUACGGUGAAAAAUGUUUUUAUUAUGGGCACAUUCCAUCGUAUAAAAUGUCCUUUUGAUAAAAAAAAUGAAGAAUUACAUUAUCAGCUAUUACAUUAUUUGAAAAACUACUUUAUAAUACGUUUUUUUGCUUCUGCAAUCUGCGGGUGACAUGUGAUACGAUGAAAUAUGUCGUGUCAAAGACAUUUUUCAUCGUAUAAAAUGUCGCUUGGCAAAAAAUAUGCUGAAAAUUAAGUUAACAUAAUAAAAUGAUGUAUUAACCAUAAAAUUAUUUAAAACUACGUUUCUAAACUUUUUUUUUUUUUACUUCUGCAGGCUGCGGGUGACAUUUUAUACAAUAAUUUUUUAAACUUGUUUUAUUGUAUAACUUGGCACUUUAAAUAUAAAAAUGCUUAUCUUUAUGGAAUUCAGCAAUUUUUAUUCAAUAAAAAAUUAUUUUUUUGCUUAAAAAGUCAAUUAGUAACUGUUUUACGUUUUGCAGGCUGCGUGUGACAUGUUAUACGAUGAUUCUAAACAUGUUUUACCGUAUAACUUGACACUUUAAACAGAAAUAUGCUAGUUUUUUUAUAAAUUGAGCAAUGUUUGUUCAAAUAAAAAUGAACAAAUUUUUUUAUUCUUUGCAGGCUGCGUCCGACAUUAAUUUUUAAAACUUUUUUUUAAAAUUUUUAAUAAAUUUUCAAAAACUCAUUAGUACCAAAGUAAUUUAACCCAAUAUAGGUAUAUCCUGUUUACCUAGGCCUCAUCGAAGACUAUAUACAUUUUACAUUGUAAUGUUUUUACCACCACAUAUAGGUGGUGUAUGGGCGAUUAGGCACGGCCUUUUAUUGGAAGUAGAUGCAGUAAAUACCGGCCCAAAGUAACCCUACUUACGGAAAUGGCUGUCUGGAGAGAUUGCUUCUGAAGUGGUCGUUUUUACAUAUCCUACAUUAACAUGGCAUUUCAUGUUCGAUUAUGGGGGUUGGAGGGUAGGAGUGGGUGGGAGGGUGUGGUAGGAGCGAGUGGGGGGGGCUGGAGGGGUGGGGGUUGGAGAAAGUGAGACGGGGGAAAGUAAAAUAGUUAAAAAAGAGGCAGGGGUAAAAAAAGAUAAGGCGAUCAAAAAAUUUUAAAAAGAGGGCGAGGGCUAUCCAGGCAUGAGGAAGUAGUAUAGAACAAUGCAGGGCAAGUCAAGAACGGCUUGCUAGAAUAGGGCAGAGCAGGAAAGGCAAAGAAGGGUAGGGUAGGGUUAGACAUGGAGAACGGAUUAGGCCUAAGCAAAAUUUAAUUCGGGCCGGGCCUGGAUAUUGCGAAAAAGCCCAGCUUAACCCGAAAAACCUGCCCGUUUGCAAUUAAAAAAAAUUCAGGCUAGGCCAAAGUGGGGCUGGCUUAGCCUGUUCCCCAUGUCUAGGUAAGGUAGGGUAGGAUAGGAUAGGGUAGGAAGGGUAGGAAAGGGUAGGGUAGGGUAGGGUAGGGUAGGGUGGGGUAGGAGACGGUAAUGUUAAAAAAUGACAUUUAUUCCUAAAAAUCAAACUUUUUUCAAAAUUUUAAAUUUUAAAAACAAAAACAAAUUUUAAAUUUAAAUUUAAAACUCUAUUUUUAGUGCCGAAAAGCUCUCAGCCCGAGGCCAAUCAAACACCAACGAGCUAGAAUCAUUCACAAAUCCGGAGCCAGCUUCCGACGCUACCGCCAAUUCGGACGAAUCCACGGAUUUGGCUUCGGAUCCGGACGGAGCCGACAACAAACCUCCACCAGCACAAGCCCCAACACCAACAAUGGCAGUGGAUCCGACCAUUCGGCACCUUUGGAACGACGCUAUUGACUUGGCCGAGGUCCGGAACGUUGAUGAUCAAGCCGAGUUCCGGUCGUUAUUGGCUCAACUUGGCAUUGAUGUGGGUUUAUCUUACCCUGCCGUACCCUACUAUAAUUUAUUUUAUUCUGCCUUACCCUACCUUACUUUAUUUUAGCCUACUUUAUAACAAAAAACUUGAGAUUUGAGGCCGCGUCAACAAGAAUUGGACGUUUUGCUAUGUAACUUCAUAGCAAACCACCCAAUUCUUUUUGACGCGGUCGAUAAUAUGACUUUUUUUGGUUUUGUAAAGAACGUUCUGCCAUUUUUUGUUUUGUAAAGAAAGUUGUUGCCAUUUUUAGUCUUGUAAACAAAGUUCUUGCUAAUUUUAUCAUUUCAGCAAAUCUCAGCAGCAACUCUAUCUCGGUACAAUGUCCGAGGCCAUAUGGAUCACUACGACCAUCCAGCUCUUUGUUACCCAAGAUAUCGCGGCUCAGCUACACGAAACAAGAUUCCAUGUGGACUGAAGAUCAUCAGAUGUCUGGGUGAUAAGUUGGAAAAAGAAAAUUUGCCAGAUGAGGAUGUAAAGUAGGUUUAUUUUACUAAAAACUGUUUUUCUACUAUAAUAUAGGCAAAAGUUUAUGGGUGGAAGGGCUUUUUUGAGUUACUGUGGGAUACUGUAUUGUCAGAAGUCAGUAAAAUUUAGUGUGAAGAUGUGAUAUACUGUGAGGAUUGUUUUUGUAAUUACAAAUUUUUUGAUUGGAUUACUGUAACAUUGCGAAAAUUAAAUUUUUUCUGGAAAAAAUGUGAUUUUUGGAGGAAAUUUGACGUUUUUUUAAAUUUUUGAAGUUUUUUUUGAAAUUUUUAAAAUUUAUAAUUUUAUUUUUAUAAACUACAGGUUAUUUUCCAUUUAUUUUAUUACAAUAUUAUCUAAAAUUCUACGAGGUUUAAUUAGUUUUGACAUUUUAUGUUUGAGGUUCCAAGUCCAAAAUCCAAAAAAAGUUCGAGUCCGCUCGGCGUCAAAUGCCAUUUUUGAAUGAAUACAUCAUCGAAGGCUGAAAUUUACAAAAUAGUACAUUAUAAGUGUAGUACAGAUAAAAUGGCAUCUGAUAAUUUGAAAAUUUUUUUGUUUUUGUUUACCCUUAAGCUUAACAUUAAAUUUUUUCCAGACCAAGCAAGUUUUCCGGAAUAUUCGGCUACCACAUGAUCACCCCUUCCGACAACCGUGUCGUCCUCACCACAAACGAACGUGACGCUCUAGCCGUGUACGAUUCAACCAACGGCAUCCCAGCCCUCUCUUUACCGUGCGGUGAAAAACUUGACCAUAGUGUCAUGUCGUAUCUGGAGGACUUUGAUCUGAUCUACCUUUGGUUCCCAUUGAUCCACGAAAAGUACGCCAAAGACUAUGCAUCGUACUUGAACUCAGCACGAUGUUACAUUAUUACUAAGCCGGAAAGACCGGUCGAGUUGUUGCGAGAUGAAAGAGCCGGCGAGAUUCUGAAGGGAAUUCUGGAGGCGGUGAGAGUACGAUACCGUGGUUUCAGAAGUUUGAUUGAUAUUAGAGAGGAAGUGAAGAAUGAAAUCGUUCAGAGUAAUUCAAGAACUGUCGGGUUUGCUACGGUAGGCGAAUUUUGUAAUUUGAAAAAAAUUCAAAAUUUCAAAAAAUUUUGAAAUUUUGAAAAACAAUUUUAUAUGUGAAAAAGAGUAUAAAUAUACCAAAAACAUGUCUACAUACGUUUUUUACCAUGUUGAUUUCAAAAAAAGUUGAAAUUUUACUCUUCAGUUACUGUACCCUACUGUACCCGUAAACUAUCAGAAAAAUUUCCCAGGAAACCUAAAAUGAGCUAAAACAUAUUCAAAUCAAAAUUUUUGUAAAAAAUGUUUAAAAAUCCAGAAUCAGCACAAAAUUUGACACUAUAAACAUGUAAAAAAUUUUUAAAAAGUUUUUUUUAAAAACAUGCGGGUUAGUAUAGUGGUAGUGCGCUGUGCUAACGUUCUAAAGCAGUUAGGUUCGAUACUUUCACGAUUUAAAAUGGUUUUUAGAUGGUAAAAUACGAAACGUUAUAAAUAAAAUUCUAAAAACAAAUUGAUUUAAUACUGUUUUAGUAAUUUUUCAAUAAUUUUUUGUUUUUGGUACUAAUGGAGCGCUUGGUACUAUACCAAUCGGUGCUAUAAAAAAUGAGUGUUUUUAAUGCUUUAAAAUUGUAUUUUUGAAGAAGUUUACGUUUUUUGAAAAAUUUUUUAGUUUGGUACCAUUGGUACACUUUUUUCACUUUUGGUACCAUUUGUACUAUUUUAAAUUUUGAUCAAAACUGCCAAUGUAAAUCUUCAAAAAAUCAAUAUUAAAAUCUAAAAUUACCGUUUCAGUGGAAACGCCUGGACGCUCUGAACCGCUACCUCCGAGGUUUCCGACCGGGCGAGUUGACAGUACUAACAGGUGGUACUGGCUAUGGCAAGACCACUUUCUUAUGUGAAUAUUCGAUGGAUUUGUUCAGCCAAGGGGUUCGGACCCUGUUCUGUAGCUUUGAGAUGCCUGAUGAGAAGAUUCUGAAGUGGAUGUUGGUGCAGUUCGCGGCGUAAGUGGUGCUUUUGAUGUAAUAUGGUACUAGUAUGGAUUUAAAAAGUGGUACCAUAUUGGCUAAAAUGGCUUGAAAUAGCAUUUUUAGUUAUAAAAAUGACAUUUUUGAUAGUAACUAUGGCCUUAAGCAUAGUAAAAACGCUUAAAAUACGAUGAUUUUUGGCUGUAAACAAAGUUUUUGCAAUUUUUUUAAAUUUUUAAAUUUUUUGAAAAAAAAAUUUUUUUUUUAAUUUUGAAAAAUUUUUUUAAAUUUAUGUUACCCAUGCCCUAACAGUACCAAUCUUUGUUAGGCCUGCCCAUAUUCGGUCUCUGGCACGGUCGCGGACUUAUCACAACGGUCUCAAGUACGGUAGUUUCUCAGUGUGAGAGUGUUUGCAGUUUCUGUCUUCCAAAAGUGUCGUAUAUUGUCGGAAUGAAGAUGUUGUAGUGUCGUUUUCUAGCGUGCUUAACAUCACCUUGUUUGUGGGCUUUUAAGCUUAAACGUGGGGUUUGAAAAAAAGUACAGUAUGCUUCAUUGGGGUAUUGAAAAAGGUAUAUAUAGGGGCAUCGCUAGGGGAGAGAGGGAGUGGGGGAGGGACAGAGGCAAGGGAAAAGGGGGGGGAGGGGGUAGUUUUAAAUCCCGGCCCUCUCUCAGAAAAAGAUUUUUAACAAAAUCCGCAUUUCCCUCUGAAAAAAAUCAACUCCUCCCUCCUCCCCCCCCCCUUCCUUAAAAAAAGACCAUCCCCCCCCCCUCCUUCCUAAAAAAAUUCCUCAGGAAAACCCCCUCCCCCCCUCUCUCCCUCUCGAAAAAAUCCACCCCCCCCUCUUAAAAAAAGCCCCCCCCCUUAAAAAAGCACACCCCUCCUCUCUAGAAAAAAAUCAUAUUCCCCCUUCUUCCAAAAAAAAAUCUGAAGUAUUACUUUUUCUGACCUGUACUUACUGUAUUAAUAUAGUACGUACUCUAUCCGUGUUGACCAAAAAAUAGCUUUUUCUCUGAAAUUACGGUCGAUUUUCUUCUGUUUUUUUUUUAAAUUCAAAAUUUCUGAAAUGAAACUGCAAACAACUACCUAAAGUUUUCGAAAUUGUAGAAACGACCGCACUUUGACGUGUCUUUUACUAAGCCUUUUAUAAUAUAAUGUAUUCACGCUGUUCCUAACCAAUGCUUUCACUGUCGUACAGCUUAAAGAGCACUGUUUGUUCAACCAUUUAAACUAAAAAUUUUUAUAUCAUGCUAUUCUAGACUUCCACUCCACCGAAUCGACCACCAUCAAACAGUCGAAGCUUGGUUGGACAAGUUCGAACGUUCUCACGGCGAAAUGAUCAUUAUGAAAACGAAUGAAUUUAGAAAUAAGACUGUUUCACAAAUGGCUGACGUGAGUUGUUUUACGCUACCGUACCCUGCCCUACCCUACCCUUCCCUAUUCUACCCUACCCUACCCUACCCUACCCUACCCUACCCUACCCUACCCUACCCUACCCUACCCUACCUUACCCUACCCUACCCUAACCUACCCUUCCUUAUUCUAUCCUACCAUUCUACAAAGCCUUGCCCUACUCUACCUUUUCUUGGCCUACCGUACCCUAUCCUACCUUGACACACCCUACCCUAGCUUGCUUUGCUUUACGCUAUCUUGGCUUGCCCUAACCUACCGUACUGUCCCGUAUGGUACUCUACCCGACCCUAACAUACUCUGCCUUACCGUAGCCUACCGUACUCUGACCUAUACCUCUAUAAUCUCAAUUUACUUUCAGGAAAUCCAAGCCCAAGUAGUAGCAGCCGGUAUCCAGCAUGUUGUCAUCGAUAAUCUUCAGUUUCUGGUCGGUAUGGCCACACUGACCAAUGAAGGGUCCACCGCUCAGGACAAGUACAACACCCAGGUUGGUUAAAUUACUUUAUUACCUAAAAAAUGAAAUUUUAUAAGCCAAUUUAAAGAAUCUAAAAAUAUUAAAAAUUGCGUUUCAGGACCGAUUUAUUGGCCGUCUACGUCGCAUGGCCAAUGACUUGGGGAUUCAUAUUACUGUUGUUGUUCAUACACGCAAGAUUACUGAUGUAAGCGGCGUUUUUAAUAGGUUAAAACCAUUUUAAGGGUCUUUUUGGGGAGGGGUAAUACAUUUUUUGCAUAGGGAAGAUUUUUUUUCGGGGAGGGUUUUCCGGGAUUUUUAAGAGGGGGCGGGGAUAAUUUUUUACGGAGGGCGAAGGGGGAGGGGGCCUUUCCGGAAGGGGGGGGAGGAGAGAGUUUUGUUAGAGGGGGGGGCGGAUUUUUUUGAGAACAGGAGGAGGGGGGGGAAUUUUUUAAAAUUUAGAAGAGGGGGAUUUCUUUCGAUGGCGUAGUAUAAACCACCUCUCAUCCACCUUUCCCUCCCCUCCUCUGUAGUCCCCCCCCCCGCCCCACUCCCCCCCCCCUUCCUCCCUAACGACGUUUCUGCCCCAUUCCAUGAACUUUUUGACCUUUUUUGCAAUUUUUGGGCUAUUUAAAUCUCUUGAGUUCUAUUUUAACACUCUAAUCUUAAAAUGUCAUCACUUUCAAGGCCGAAGACCUAGAACUUCAACAUAUUGGCGGAUCGGCCCGAAUCACCCAAGAAGCCGAUAAUGUCUUGGCCAUACAGCGACGCCGCGACCCCGUGGAUCGAAGCCGUGAACGCAAAUUUCUUUACGUAUGUUAUCAGAGCCUUUGACAAUCAUUUAUAUAUUCAAAACUUUAAAAAACGGCUAGCCAUUGGCUUUAAAACACUCAAAAUACCUAAAAAUUAUCCAUAUUUCGCGGAAAAACUGCCAUUUCUAAAUGAAACCGACUUUGAAUUUUUUAAAAGUUAUCAUUUAAAGAGUUAAAACUUUUAAAAACGACCAGUAAUUGGUUUUAAACCACCAAAAACACCUAAAAAUCAGCCAAAUUUCGCGGAAAAACUGACAUUUCUAAAUGAAAUCAGCUUUGAAUUUUCAACAAAUUAAUACGAAAAGUUAGGAUAUUCAUUUCCAGAUCCUGAAAAACCGUUACGGUGGUCGUAGAGUUGAAAGUGAUCGUCUGGAGAUGAUUUUCCAACAAGCUACCUAUACCUACUCCCUUGUGGAUCAUACCAAGGGCUAA